AUGCCGUAUCACGUGCCCUUUCCCUGGCCUAUUUCACCAACGUAUCUUAUUAGGUACCUCGGUACCUUCGACCACAACAACCCCGCCCCAGUCAGUAAUUUCACCUUUCCUAUCAAGGGUCUUUCCACAAUUAGCCCCGCGGCGGCACCUGCACUUGCCAGUGCGUCCCCUACCCUCCACCGACUCCAGUCUCAUCAGUGCUGGGGAGAAAAGAAAGGAAAAAGAAUUUCCGACCAACCCAAACAGUUUGGCCAUUUUCGAAAGGCUCGGGUUCGAUUUUCCCUUGUCGACCUUUCACUCUCACCUUGCAGUUUUUUCAUCCUUCUAUUCCCACCAGGUCGCCCACCCAAGAAUGUCAAAACAUUGCAGACGACCACAAUGUCUCGCGACCUUGAGCGACUGAUAGAGUCACUGAUCACCGACAUUUCGUGCUACGGUGACUUGGGAUGCACUGUGUCUCAUGUACUGGAAUCACUCGACAUAUUUUACAAAGACGCCCAACCCGAACAAGAUGCGGCUGCAGAACUCAUUCAAUCAAAAUUUGCGGAGCCAAACCAGCUGCUUUGGUCGACGGCCUGGGAUUGGCUCAGAGCAAGGAAGGACAUCGCUGUGGGUGCGAACCGGAAAUGGAACCACCUAGCUCUAUAUGAUGUCCUGGCCAUACCGGACUUAGAUUCUCAUGAUGGAUCAGCUGACACUGAGACACCGCGAGGUGUUCCAGAGGGAGCGCUGAAUAUCUCUCAAACCAACGAGCAACCCCAGACGACGGCAAGAAAAGAUGUCCCCCGGAAGCGACCCCGGAUCUAUGUUGCUGAAGACCGCAUGUGGGAGGCCAUCGCCGGCCAUGCGCCCGACUACCGAAGAGUCCCGAGACUGGAGUGGAUGGCCCUGGUCGGCAUUGCAUCCACGAAGCAGCAGGGUAUUUUGCAAGGCGAUCUGGGUCGACUUGUUGGCCAAGACAAACGCUCGUUGCCCAAGAGGACCGAUGCGCUCGCUGACAAGGGCUAUAUCUCGAAGCGUACGACCCUCGUCAGGGGCACCAAGACGAGCAAGAUGUGGUUGACGCGCUUCGCCCCUGCCCUUCCGACCAACCCGCUCAAAGCUACCGCCAACUUGCACACAACCGUUGACAUGUCUCGGGACGCGCUAGCAUGCGAUUUAGAACCCGUCCCAUGGCGCAACAGGUGGAACGCGGACUCGGUUGACUACAUCUCACUUGCCCAGACAAUCAUGGCUGUUGUCAAGGCGUUCGGAAUCAUCAGAUAUCACGACCUACGUUGCAAGCUGGGUAUCCUAGGCUUGAGAUGGCAGAUGAAAGUUGCAGCAAAAACUUGUCGCUUCUUUGUUCAAACUGGCGCCAUUCAGUACGUUGGUGCCACUUUGUCUGGCAAGCUCUUCAAGGACUGUCUCAAAUUCGAUCAUGACCUCACACAUGAGGACUGGGCUGCGUAUCUUGCUACGGGUAAACAGAAAAACGUAUCGUUUCCAUCCGCGGACUUGGUUAAUGCGGAUCUUGGGGCCGGUUCGGCGGACACAGCCACGAAAGCCGACACCUCAUAUUCUGAAUCUGGCGUCCGCCGCAACGCCAACAGGAAACACAUCAAUUCACGUUCCAAAUGGUCGCCAGACAAGCCCCUGGUUACUACCGUCUUCGACAGCAUAUCGGCUGCGGGUGCUGCUGGUCUUUCCAACAAGCAAAUAGGGGACUUUACGCUGGGAUCGUCAUUCCGGAGGUAUUUGUCCUCCAUUUCGUCGACAAUCUCUCUCCCAACGCAGCAGCCUAAGCAUCUUGAACACUUCCAAGUAACGAGUGAGAUGCAUCGGAAGGGCAAGUCUCAGCAAUACCGCUACUUUGCGAGAGGCUCGCAGCGGGUCCCUGAGUCGAUUGCUCCCGAGGAUACAGUCGAUGAAGAAAUCUCUAACAAACACUCCACGACUGACGUCGACAAUGGUGAUAUUUUUUCAGGGUUGUUUACUGACCCGAACGUUCUCCCCGAUACUGCCCGAGCCGCUGCUGGCUUAGCAGCCCUCGCACAUGUUUCUGGCAGGGGGCUGAACGCCAUCUCAAAGAGAAAGGCCGAGUUUUUGGAUCCACCACGGGCCAAGGAAAGUCGAGGAACAGCGGUUCGUCGCGCGAAGCGUAUGAAGGUAGCUGAGCAGGCCGACGACGAAGCCUUGGACGACAGCGGCUUCUCGACGAGGGUCAGCGUGGAACCGGAACCUGGACCAUCCGCCAGAAUGUCCACUCGGCGCGGCACAAGAGGACGACUCACUGAAACGGAGGCAACGUCCCUUAUAGUAACCCUUAAGAUGGACCCAUCAGUAUUAUCAAAUGCCUUGGGAGCCACCGACACAAAAGUCGAAGUCUGUCCCGUUUCUGAAGACAUCCAGGACCUCGGCACUAUGGAAAGUCAGGAUGCCACAAGCGCCAUUUCAGAACAACCUACAAAUUCGUCAGCACUGUCGAAAAAAACAUGCUCAACAGAUCCCUCGAUCGAGGAGAUCACAGAUCCCAUCGACCCUCCAGAAGUUGCAGAAUCGAUAGUGGUGGCUUCCGCAGUCACGAAUGAAGAUGUGAACGUGGACAAUACCGAUGUUGUAGACGAAGAUUCGGCCGAAGGCUCGCCUAUGAAGCGCGGAGGACGCCGAAAAAAGAAAGCGGCUGCGAAGCAAUCUGCCCGCGGUCGCUCCAAGGUCUUCAAGUGCGAUAAUUGUGGUGGGACGUGGAAAAACGACGUUGGCAUCAAGUACCAUCUCGAAAAGUCGAAAACGACCUGCAACCCAAGCUAUCUGCCGCCAUUGUCCGGACCCCCUGAAGCUCUUUUUUCAACCGUCAAGCGUCCUACGCCAGCGAAACGAGCAGUCGCUGUUCCCCGGCAGAUCAAGUCUCGCCACUCAAGAUCGUCGGCUAUUGCAGGAUCUCUAGUCGAUGACGACCAGGAUGCAGACCAGGCGCCGGAGAAUUCGAUCUUGGUAGUUGACCCGGCUAUCAGCACCGGCUCCUCCAGGGGCAGAAACAUGGGACGCUCUGGAUCGAGAAAGCUCAAUGCAUCUUCGGAAACCAGACAGGGAGUGAGGAAGCGUAUGGCGAGUCAGCGCCGAUGCGUCAACUUUUCCUCGGUACCGAAGCCACCAGUGUCUUCAGUACAGGCGUCCAUGAGUGGAUUGAUCAAUGAUAACGCCGGGGGCGUAAGAGAUAUGCCUGCAGAGCACGCGCCACUCCAGCCAACCUUCAAGAGGUCACAGGCAGAGGACGGACCAAACGUCGAUGAAGCGCAUGUGACCCCAGAACAUUACAACCAGUCUCUCUCAGGGAUUUAUGAGCCCGAACAACCGUCUCCGUCAAUGUUGAAGAAGGCACGUGGCAGUUUUGGGCGGAGAGACUCAUCUCCAGGUCCCGCUAAGCCACGCCUUGGUCGGGAUAGUCACAGUUCCAGGGCGACAGAAUCCAGGAACACACACUCGCCAGUAUUCGGCGCCUCCCAAAUGUCACACGCCGAAGCACUGAGGGCCAGUCUUACUGACAACGGUACUUUACCAGAACCCGACAUAAUGGAGAGGGCCCUCUUGUACAUUCUUCGUGCGAAUGGUGGAGUGUUCCCCGGCGGACAGUCAUUGUGGUAUGCUGUCAUUGCAACGUGGGAAAUCUUAUUUACUUCCGAAGAAGCUCCAGAUCAUCAACGUUACAAAGAUGCUUUGGCUAGGUUGGCCAAGAAGAAACAAAUUGCAGUCAGCACCCACGCCUUCAAGGACUCGAGAGGCAUGAUGGCCAACUACCAGCUAAUACGAAUUCCUGGAGUUGGAGCAACGUCUCCAGCGGGUGUGGCCAUGAAAACCAACAUUAUUGCCGAACACCCGAGGGUGUACACACCACCCGCGUUCACCCCCAGAGCAGGGUUUCCCGAGGAACACAAAUACGAUGCUCAACCUGUCUUCUCCAGCCGUAGGAAAUUGGUCCAGGGAAUCGAGGUUCUAGACGCUCCUUUCUAUGCCAUCAAAGCUGCCAACGAGAGACCAGCCACACCCCCUGAAGGCUUUCAGUCCCCCAGGAAGCGCAGGAAAAGGAUGGUCACGAAGGAACAGCUUACCCACGCCGAGGACGAAGGCCCAGACGGAAAGCGCAGAAAGGAUAUUUUUCGCAUAUUCACGGAUGGACGGGCCGACCCGAGUGACGGACCCUCCGCUUCGUCGAGGGACGGAAUCGGCGGCUUUACUCCCCGGCUUGUUUUCCUCAGUCCCAACGCCUACUUAGGGCAAGAAGUGCCAGAGGAUGUUCGGCAUGCAUCACUGCCUAACCUACCGGAUCCAGAGCCCACGUAUCCCGCAACACAGGUGGAAAGCGUAGUGACGAGUAAUUACAAUGUUACAUUUGCCGAUGCCGACAUGAUUGUGGGCAAGAACGGUGCAUGGCCAGUACACGACAACAGCUUCUUCGAGACUGAGGGUCGCAGUCUGACGAUCUGUGGCUGGAUGCCGGACUCUCGAUGGUUUCUGAGACAGAACUUGCCGCACAGCUUGGCCGAGAUGAUCAAGUGGCGUGGUCGACCCAAGGCCAAAUUCCCCAGCAGCAGUCAGUACUACGAGUUUGCCGAGCAGGUCGAUGCAUGUUUCGAUUGGGAACUGUCAACUGAAGGCAUGAAGCUCCUGCUGGCCGAGUCAAUCGUGCCUGAUCACAUAUUUAUUCACCACGGCGUUGGCGACCUUCCUAGGGAAUGGGAGUAUCCAGCACUGGAGUGGGAUCCCGCCAAUCAGCUCAGCCCAUCUGCUCUGUUCGACAUACAGAUAUCGGAGCAGGCGACAACUGCAACUGACCAUCUUUGGGGUGGCGAACUUGGUCGGCAAAGAAGGCGGAAGCGGCGGCAGAACAAGCUUGCAACCGAGCCAAAGGAGCUUGUCGUCGGGAUUGAUCUGAAGAUCAGGACGCUAAUCACUCUCCCCAGGGACGUGGAUUUGAGAGACGUAUCGAGACGGAAUGCUGGGCUUGAUGAGACGAAUGAGACCAUCUUAAUAGCAGCAUUUGUUGUCACGAGAACACUACUGGGGGGCGCCGACCGAAUCAUCGAAUGGGGCCUAAUGAUGACCCUGUUCCCUGACAUGGCACUCAGCGCCAUGCGACGAUUCUGGUCGAAGGCUCGCAAGGACCGAGGCACUUUCAUCAAUCAGCUUACGGAGCGAUUCCAGAUUCAAUUCAUUGUUGCCUACGAAAACAACGAGUUCCCCCCCAUCGACUUCGAUGACUAUGUCGAGUACGAUUGGCCGCGUCUAAUCAAGUGGACGGCCGGUCUGAUCGAAGACUCGCAAGAGCUACCAGCUAGUAAGGCUGCCCUGGAACGCGGCUAUUCUCUUGGGUCGGCAUGGACGGACGUUACCAACUGGCGCGACGAUUACUACAACUUCCAGAUGUCUGUUUUCAACCGAUUCGAGGCGGCAACCUCCCGCCCUGCGACCUGCCUUGUGGACGAGGACAAUGAGUCGAUGACAAAACCAGACGCCGAGGACCUCGUAACCGCCAUGUCAUGGCUCCGCUCCCUCUGCUAUACACACCGAGAUAGGUACGCGCCACAGGACAUUAGGAAAAAAAUGGCGAGCAUAGGAGGUGGGAACGAAGAUCGCAUUCAGUCCUUGCUCGAGCAGGCAGUCGAGACCCUCCAGGGUCAGGGUGUGAUCACGGACAGCAAGCUCAAGGCCCUCGAGGGCCGACCGUACCGUCUUACAGAGACAUUCCUACCGAGGUUCAUGAAGUGGACCCAUGAGGUCAAAUUUAUCGAUGCCGCCAGGUUCAAGUCUCAGCUUGACGUGAGCUUCCGACAAGGGGAGAAAAUUCGUAUCCCGUACGUGCUGAGGGACGGCGAGGUCAUGGCGAUGAUGAAUUUACAGGCCAGCGGAAGAGUCAUUGUCACUACGGUGGAUGUUCCGAGCAUACCGCUUGGAUUCGACCCGGGCAACUACGAAAGCCGGAAGUACCCCAAGUCGUACUACAACUUCGGUCUGGAGAUUGCGCCCACAGAGACGUACGUCUAUGACGAUGACCUGGACAUCCUUCGGCAGGCCAAGAGCGACAAGCCGCCAAGGGAGAACCACAAUCGAGCGAUACCGCUGUGGUCCGACUUCUUUGGAGAGAUGGACAUCGACCGGUGGUCCCAGGUUCUCGGCGCGGUUGCGUUUGUCAUCGCGACACGGGGGCCUCUUGACGUUGCGUCCGUCUGUGCCGUGCUCAAACCUUACCUGCAGGAGUUCGAGGUGCAGAUGGUGUUCGACUGGGGAAGACGCAACGGCGUGUUGAAGGGAAUGGCCCUUGGGGCGAGCUGUACAGUUGACGAGUGGUGGUGGCUGCUCAUUGGAAGACAGCGAACCGGUGCAGGAUAGUGUGUCCGACAGACAUGAAUCCAUAAU